AUGUGGGGCCCUAGUGGACAUCCUCGUCCCCCUGAAAGGCCCCAAGGAGGCCCUGGUUGCAGAAUAGGCCCCCUCUGCCCCAGUGAAAGAAAACGGAGGCGAAAUUACACCAAUACGCUUCAGGAGUUAGCCAUGCUACUGCCUAUCCCCCUGCAGGCCAGCAGCAAAAAACUCACCAAGAAGGAGAUUCUCCUCCACGUUCUACACUAUAUUGAACACCUCCAGCGAAGCAUUGAUGUGGCCAAGUCUCUUCUCCUAUUCCAGCCCACAGACAAAGAAGAACGAAGGGCAGGAGCCAAAGACCCUCAUCCGUGCCUGGCCCUAGGCAGAGGUCCCUCCCAGCCAGGGAAGCAGCCUGCGGAGGAGUUGACAGCAAACAGAAGCAGAGGAGGAGCUAUGGGGGGAGCCGCUCUCCCCAGGAGACACCCCCUCCCAUGCCGACACCUGGAGUCUUGGCUGCCCCCAUCCCACGGAGGAGCUGAGCUCACACUUCUGGAGAUGGCCGAAGGCGGGGUUCACCUCUGCUUAGCAGGUUGGUUCCUCACCCCCACCCUCCACUCUGGGAGUGCUUCAGGCCCGGGUGCUAAGGAUCUGGAGGGAGGGCGGGCAGGGGUCUCUCCUCAGAGCUGACACCAUAAGGGGAGUGGGUUCUUCUUUCCCUUCUUGGUCCUAUCUGCAAAGGGAGGCAGGCAGAGCUGUCCUGUCUCUCUCUCUCCCCUUGCCUCAGCCUGUUGUGGAGGAUCCGGUGCCCAAGAAGAGUGUCCCUGCCCCCCCUGUGAGGCCCAGACAACAGCAGGUGACACACGGCUGCCACCUCCCCCCUGGAGUGAGCCUCUUCCCAGGCAGGAGCUGGUGUUCUAUGACUCCUGUGAGGAGGAGGAAGAGGAGGAGGCGAUGGACACAGGGCCUUGGCUCUCAGCCUGGCCCCCCCAGGGCAGCCCCCAUGGGAGCCCCUUGGUGGAUUCUCCCAGGACCAGGAGCUGGCCUGGAGCUGGCCAGCCUAGGGAGAAGCUUGGCCUGAGCCCCUCCCUCUUUACCUCUCCGGGACGACUGCUGCCUGGGAAGAUCCUUCAGGAAGGCACAGAGAACCUUACCCAAGCCCUCUUUGAAGACGUCUGCCUGAGCCCACAGUCAUCUCCUUCCUCUGCCACUCUGUCCGGGGAAGCUCCCUUUGACUCAGCCCCAUCAGCCCCUGGGGACCCUCUCCAUGCCCUCAACCUCUUCCAGUCAUCAUUCUCCCUAGACCACUGCUACCUCUCCCUGAGUGAGACCAGCAAGACGGACUCCAGCCCCAGCUCAGGGGUGACUGAAUGGGCGUCCCUGUGGAACAGACGGCGGGAGGUGAGCCAGGGAACCCCAGAUGGCUUCCUGUCCUCCAGCGAUGAGGAUGGGGACUGUGCCUGGACCCCCACCAAGUGUGCCUCUCCUCUGCCCAUGUCCGGGAAGAAGCGGAGAAGGAGCCGGGCAGGUGGCUCUGGCUGCAGCCCGGGGAGACCCAAGGAGAGCAAGAAGGCGCACUGUCCCUUCCAGCUGAAGAAGAAAUGCGUCAAUGGCUUCAUCAUGUUCUGUCGCCUCAACCGCAAGCAGUACAUUCGAGCCUGCCCUGGCACUGCAUCCACCGCAGCCACCAGAGAGCUGGCACACCUGUGGCGGGUGAUGACCAAGCAGGAGAGGAGACCGUACUGCAUUAAGGCCCGGAAGUUCAGCCGGCAGCACAACCGGAUCGUCAGGCAGGACUGCUCCAGCGAGGAGGAAGACCGCUCAUCCCCCAAGCCCUUCCACCUGCUUCUGGCCGAGAAGGCCCUGUACUCCCCAGGCUCCCCGGGCCUGGAGUACAUGAGCUCCCCUCUGAGGGACCCCCUCCCUGACAGCGUGGCAUUGCUGUGA